AUGGCCAUGCCCAAGUCGAAGUCGAGCCUGAUGCCACUCGGCACAACUCAGAAGAGCUGGGGCUUGUGCAAGCUCGCCCAUAUCCUUUGGAUGUUGGCACAUGAGAGGUUCAGUUUGCAGAUCCUGGAGAUUUAUGGGCUAAGCGGAAGCCCCGACGCGGCGGCCACCACGACUGAGGCGAAGACACCAGGAGGCCGCUGGAGUUGUGGCUCUGAAUCCGUGCUGAUGAAGGCUGCUUCCAAGGCGCCCACCAUGGCCACCAGCAAGCGGCUGCUGCUGGCCAAGGCCGCCACCUCCAAGGCGGCCGCCUGGCGCACGCGGGCGAGCUCCAAGAUGGCCGCGGUGCCGCAGGCCGAAGUCGCGAGGUGCAGCGUUUCUAGCUUUUUGCCCAUGUCUUUGCAGGAUCUUGAAACUUAG